AAGCAAGGAUGUUUCUACAGGGAGGCCAUUAUGGAACCAUUAGAAACUCCGGGGAAGUUUACACUCAAAGUAAAAGACAGCAAUGACCAAUAUCCCUACUGGGUGGUGGACACAGACUACAGCGGCUUUGCCGUCAUGUAUGGAUGUUUGGAGGUGAACAACAGCCAGUGUGUAUCUGCUAGAUCAACCGUGUGGAGCCGCCGCCAGACUCUGGCUCCAAGGCUACAGUCCCGUUCCAAUACCGUCGUACAAAUGUUGUGUGUGAACCCUGCAGCAUUCCUACUGACGUCACAUAAAAAUGCCUGCCCCCCAUACUUCGGACAGUCCACCUGUGAACCUGUUUCAGACAAGGGAGAAUCCUGUGCUGCCAACAUCUAUCUGCUGGUUUCUACAAUGGCCACUAUGUUCUUCAUCAACUGGAGGCGAAUUUAGCCUAUAGUUAUACUCAAAGACAUUUUCGUGCUCAAAAUGGAAAUUUUGAAUGUCACUUAUGAAGUUCAGAAAGCUGCUGUGCAAUGAGAAGCAAGUUCAGAGAGAAAGAGAGAGUGAAAUGAUUUUAUAGCACUUGGUUCAAUGUAUUCAAUUUUUGUCAUUUACAUGUUGGCUGUCAUGUGCUAUAAAUUAUAUCGGAACAUAAAAUAUAUGAUUGUAAACGAAGAAAGCCUAUGCACGAACAUCUAUGUGCCUAAAACCUAACGCCCAAGUACGUAGUUUGCACAUGGAGUAGCGCCUCACACGUGCAUGCGUGUCAGUCCUGAUUCC